AUGGCAUCCCAAUGGAGGAGGUCCCGAACAGGCUCAUCCCUUUCUGAGACGGGCAAUUACCAGUCCUUCAACCAGUAUGCUUUUCGACUCGAGACUCCCCCUUCCCCCGUGCCAAGCACGGACGCCUUCUCUUAUAUCUUUUACAAAGGCCGAAGAGACUAUCCCAAGAACAGGGUCUUGUAUCGUGUCGACGGCACAGAUAAGACGCUCACGUAUGCUCAAUUGGAGAAGAAGAGUCGUCGAUUUGCGGAUGCAAUUCGUCAAAAAUAUGAAAUUCGGCCAAACAAUGUAGUGGCUAUCCUGGCAAAGGAUAAGAUUGAGUAUGCCAUUGCCUACUGGGGCGCCGUCGCUGCUGGUGCAAUGGUCGCUCCCAUCCCAGCCCAGAGUGAAAUGAGUGAGACGGAUGUUGCUGCUCGGCUUGUGCAGGCCAAAGCAAAGCUCUUCAUCACUGACUCCGAGCUUCUUGUCUUGUCGGAGGUAGCGUCCGAGCUUGCUGGUGUCAUACCAAUUGUGACCUUGGACAAGACCACUGAGAGUUGGCCGACUCUGGAUGAGCUAGUCGAGGAGGGGAGCGAGGCGCGGGUAUUCGAGUUGAAAACCGUGCAAGAAGCUGACGAACACAAUGUCUUCAUAAAUCGGACUAGCGGAUCAACAGGAAACAUGAAGUCGGUCCUUACCAGUCACGCACACUACAUUUCGACAAUGGAAGGUACAAUUGGUACUAUUCCAAAGAACACAAAUCCCGACACCGACAUUUGGGUGUCUCCUCUCUCUCUGGGAUUCUUUAUCAACUCCAAACUGCAUAUUGGGUUGAACAUUCUGCUUGGAAUUCCGGUCGUCCUGAUGAAGAAAACACUCGACGAGACCACUGUCGACGUUAUUGCCCGCCAUCGUAUUACUUUCUUGUUCAUUACGCCACCAAUUGCUGCCCGACUCGCUCGCGCCGAUAUGAGCGAAUGCGACGUCAGCAGUGUUAAAUGGUUAUUGACGGCGGGUGCCCCAAUGCACGAAAACCUCCGUAAAACAGUCUCGGAUCAGUUUGGGGGCGUUCACUUGACUCUCGAAUGGGCAACCUCUGAGACCAUGCUCCUAGCCAUGCAAGUGGACGAAGGCUCCAAAUUACCAGGUUCCAGCGGUACCUUGGUGAACGGUAUUCAGGCCAAGGUCAUAGAUACCGAGACUGGAGAAGAGCUGGAUGCUCACGAGGAAGGAGAGAUCUUGGUACGCAAUGUGAUCGCCAGGUUCAAGGGAUACCAGGACAACGAGGUAGCGAAUCGCGAUUUCGACGGAGAAGGAUGGUUUCACACUGGCGACUUCGGAUACCUCGAUGAAGACUCCAACGUGUACAUCCUUGACCGUAUCAAGGAACUUAUGAAGGUCGGGGAAGGAUACGGAAGCCAUGUUUCUGCUGUGGAAAUUGAAUCUGUGCUCUUUGAGCACCCCGUAGUGUCGAGCGUCGUCGUUGUUGGGGUCCGCAACACAGAACUGCAAGUUGAUCAGCCGACGGCGUUUGUGAUUUUGAAAGAGGCCUUCCGUGAGGAGACAGCGAAGACAAUAAAGGAUAUUGAGAAGUUUGCGGCAACAAAGCUAACAGGUCUGAGAAGAUUGACUGGGGGAGUCUAUUCCGUCCCGAAGUAUCCGACGACGGGGUUCAAGAUCAACCGGAGGGAGUUGAAGAAGAUGGUCCCUUGCCAGAAGGAGUAG